AUGGCAGCGAAGGAGCCUCUGCUGGCCACACUGAAAGUGUGCGUCCUUGAACUGCAGACGGCUGGUUCUGAUACUAUCACGGAUGAUUCCCCAUGUGUGACUCCGCUGUGCGAUGUCAUCGAGAUGAUCCUGCGUAAAGGAAUCAAGAGUGGGGUUAUGGGGUUAAGAAGAAGAGAUUACUGGCACUGGAUAGAGGAUCUUCCUCAGCAGGAUACCUGUGGCAGGCUAUCAUACCUCUCCGUCAUGAUACAAAGUACUAUUGCCUGUACUAAGGUUUUAACUGCACAAGGAAGAGGAAGGUAUUUUCUACGACUGGCUCUCAACAGGAAAACCAUAGCGGCUGCAGUCCAGCACUUACAGCACACACAGAGACUGCUGGAGUGGUAUGAUCCGCUGUUCUCUUUGCUUGGAAAUGAGGAACAUUUAGAACCCUUCCUGUCUUUGCUCCUGGUUGUGUCUCAAAGCAAUUUUGCUCUAGAUCUUCAGAAUUCAAGCUUCCUGGAUGAGAGCUGGCUUUUACCGGUGUGUGCCGUAUAUCAGACCGUGCCAUGUCGGGAGCUGGGAAUGGUAUUGAGGUACCAGGAGGGCCGAGUGUUUGUUGUAGAUGUACUUUCCAGACAGCCAGACUGAAGUAGAUGAAGUUGUUCUUGCAGGAGACAUUAUUGAUGACAUUAAUGGAGUGUCACUACGCCAUGCAUAUAAUGGACAGGUGAGGAUUAUGGAAUUGGUCUGUUUAAUCCAAUAA